ACUUGAGGAUUUCCUCAAGAAAUUCAAAAGUACAUGUGACAACCUCACCGCAAUUCGAAAACCACUUGAUGAUCUUGAUAAGAAUAAUGGUUGAGAACCAAUUUGAAAGAACGAUUAAGAUUUUCCAAUGUGAUGGUGGAGGAGAAUUUGCAAGCAAACAAUUUCUUGAACAGCUUGCAAGAAGUGGAAUUAAACUACAAGUCUCUUGUCCUGGUACGCUAGAGCAAAAUGGGAUAGCAGAGAGGAAACACCAUCACAUUGUAGAAACAGAAGGAGAGCUCAGCAGAUAUCCAGAUUCUGACGAAUGGUUCCGGGCAUCACAUAAUUUACAACCUACAAAGGACAUUCCUAACAUAGAUGAUUCAAGUAGCUUAAGAGCUAACUUUCUUGAUGACACAAUCAGCCAAGGAGGGUCGGAGGAUCUUGAAAGGAUGGAAGGACCUCAAAUUGACAACCUUUCAGAUUCAAGUCAAAUAAAUGAAACUUAUGAGCCACAAUCUGGAGUAGAGGCAGAAAAUGCGUCAAUACCUUCAAGCUCUCUAGAUAUUAAAUCUACAAAUUGUCUUCUUAGAGAGAGGAGUCAAGAUGCAACUGGCAUAAUGGGACAAAACAGAUCACCUCUUCUUCAACAUGAUAUGAUUGAACCAAGGGUAGUUGGAGUCUCACCGCCACCACACAACAGUAGCUCAUCAUCGAUUCAUCCUAUGCAGACUAGAUCUAAAACGGGGAACCAUACGGGACAUGUCAAAACCAAUUUCACAAAGCAUGCUCAAACAAUGAUAACUAAUGAUCCUCCUUCACGUGUUUCAGCUAUGCGUGAAGAGCUAGAUGCCUUGCGGAAAAACAAUACUUGGGAGUUAGUUCCUCGUCCAUCUGAUGCUAAUAUUGUAGGAUCCAAAUGGGUCUUCGAGACAAAAUUGAAUUCGGAUGGUUCGGUGGAGAGGUUUAAAGCACGUUUAGUGGCAAAAGGGUUCUCUCAAAUUCUAGGUCAAGACUUUGAUGAGACCUUUAGCCCAGUACUUAAACCCACCACACUCCGCCUAGUGAUUGCUUUGGCAACUACUCAAGAGUGCCCCCUGGUUUCUGAGACCCUUAACAUCCUAACCAUGUUUGUCUAUUGCACAAGUCUAUUUAUGGCCUCAAAUAGGCCCCUCGUGCCUGGUUUGAUAGCCAAUACAAAUAAAUUGUUACAGGACAUCAUUACCAAUCUAAGUAAGGAGUUUGCACUCAAAGACUUAGGCCCACUCCAUUACUUCCUUGGUAUAGAGGAGUCUACCACCCCCCGGGAUGCCGAACUAAUAGAUGCUACAACGUAUAGAAGCAUUGUAGGAGCACUUCCAUACUUGACCAUCACAAGGAUAAACAUUUGCCAUGCUGUUAAUCGAAGUACUUUGUCUCUUAUUGGGUUCUGUGAUGCUGACUGGGCUGGAUGCUCUAUCACUCGCCGCAGUACUACUGGGUUUUGUAUAUUCCUUGGGGCCAAUUGCAUCUCUUGGUCAUCAAAGAAACAAUCAACAGUGGCUCGGUCAACAGCAGAAGUAGAAUACAAGGCACUUGCCUCCACUGCAACUGAACUGAAUAUCAACGGAAGAAAAUGGGUUCUAACCUCACCAAAAGAGGGAACUUCGGGUGUCUCUACUUCUCCAAGUCCUCUCUCAAUCCCCCCUUCUCCUUCCUUCUUACCACCCAAAAUCCAACAUGCUAAAAAAGUUGUGAAGAUGGAGGCAUACGUUAGUCCCACCAUGGGAGAUGUCAAGGAGAGGAAAACUGGAUUCAAAGUGAAGGUGUUCAUGUUUGUUGCCAAAAUCAAUCCAAAAGGCAAAUCAUGGUCGAUGGAAUGGGAAAUUGAGCACAAGAACUCAGUUUCAUGGUAUAUUCUUCAUCCAUCUUUCAUGUUUGAUAUGGAUAUGUUUUGAGUUUUCCAAGAAAACUCUUCAUGGAUGUGGCUUUGAUGUUCCAAACUCCCAUGGCUUCAUGGCAAAAAAUGUUUGAUGGAGAUGACGGUAAAGGAAAACUGAGCACAACAUCUCAGUUUCAUUGUUUGUUCUUCUACCAUCUUUUAUGUUUGUAUUUCUGAAUGUUAUGAGUGUUUUUUCAGAAAAAAAAAAAAAAACUCUUCAUGUUUAUGUAUUUGUGAACUCCAUCACUUUAUGGCAAAGAAGUUUGGUGGAGGAGCAAAAAUCACAACUCCAAAAUGUAUUGAAGCAGCAAAGAUCCAUGGACAAAGCUGCUGCAAUGGUGGAGUUGCAGAAAAUGUUUAAGGCUCCAGAAUCUGUUCAAACUGCAAAAAUCUAACAAAUAUGAAGCUGAUUU